CGUUCGGUAGCAUCCCGGUCUAGAGCCCCUCCUUCCACGGUUUGUAGAGGUACAAAACGAGAGCAAUCCCGAAUUCUAGAUAUUGGCAGAGGGGCUUUGCCUUGCCCAGGCUCUUGAUGUUCUGCGACCUCCCUGAUGACGAGACCCCAAGGCCUGAAUUGUCAGAUCUCCCACAAGCAUGUGGUCACUUGUCCGCUCGUUUCUCGUCACUUCCUUGAUGACUUGGACGUCUGCCGGAGAGCUGAGCUUUUCUGCAACAGCUCAGCAAAGAGGAGAAGAUGUUGACAUGUCCGAUGUCGAAUUCGUGCCAAUCCCGCCCCGGCAACACCACGAUCAGGGCCCCCCGCUACGUCUGCACCCCAGGGCAGAGCGGGACAGUGUCAGCUAUAGCGGAAACUGGUGUGGUGCGUCGCAGCACUCGACUCUGUCCGAUCCGAUCACCAACGUCUUUGGAUACUUCACGGCGCCGAGUUUGACGUUGCGAUCGAACGUGCUGGCUCCACAGUUCGCCGCUGCGUGGGUAGGCAUCGAUGGUGCAAGCUGCAAACAAGCCUUGCUGCAGGCGGGCGUGACUACCAUUGUCAACUCGAACGGCGGUCAAAGUGCUUCGGCAUGGUGGGAAUGGUACCCCGACUCGGCCUACACCAUCAAUGGUCUCCCGGUCAAAGCCGGCGACUGGAUUUCGGUCAACAUCACGACGAGCUCGCCGACAUCAGGCAAAGUGGUCAUCACCAACGCGCAGAGAGGAUACGUGAUGGUCCUCACCAUCUCGAACGGGCCCAGGUUGUGUGGCCAGGAUGCCGAGUGGAUAGUCGAGGACUUCUACGAUGCGAAGGGCCAAGUGGCCCUGGCCAAGUUCUCCGACGUCUGGUUCGAGGAGACGGCUGCCGUGACGAGUAGGGGGAGACGGAUCGGCAUCAACGGAGCCGCCAUGGUACAGCUUCAAGACGUCGAUGGCGCCAUAGCAUGCGCGUCGUCGAAGUACGACGAUUCGACCUUUGUCGUGUCAUCUCCCUAGAUUGCAUUUGUCGUCCUGCUGUGCUUUAAUAGGGGAGGUCUGGCGUCGCCCAUGGAUCCUGUGAAGCGCGUCGUCUAUCGAUUGUGCGUAUGGUGGAGGCGCAGGGCGGAGAAUAGCUGAAACAAAAUAAAUGGCGUGUUCAGAGAAACCUGCACUUAAUGUUACAAUAUUGCAACGGAUGCGUGGAAGUUGUGCUGUUCCGAUCGCAUCGACUUGGAGAUUUUUCGGAAAAAUAGGUACGAAUUGGGUUGAGGGACUGGAACCUGCUCUCAAUUUGAGUGGCACACUCAAUUAGGCCAUAUUGCGUUUUCGAGAGGCCUGGGCCUUCUAGU